CUCUCUCCCUCUUUUUUUCUCUCACUUCUUUAAGAAAAUAUUUUUCAUAUCCAAAUCUCAUUUUUUUCCGAAUCUCACUUCUUCAAGGAGAUGAAGGUAUGGUGUUGUUCAGGUGAGGUGAGGGGAAUCGAUGGUGCGGUUUUGGUUGAAGAAGGGUGUAUCGGUGAUGAUUUUUGGUUCAACCACCAAGAUCUGAAGUUGAACAACCACCAUCGGAUCUAAAUUGGACCACCACCGUCAUCACUAUGGUCUACGUGCUCAUCCAUGGAAAAAAGUAUGCAUUAUGUUUAAAGAAGAUGAUUGUUAUAAAAAAUGAAGAUCAAAUGCGAUUCGAUGGUGCAAUUUUGGUUUAAGAAGGGUGUAGUGGUGGUUAUUUUGGUUCAACCACCCAGUUUUGAAUUUGAACAACCACCAUCGGAUCAGAAUCGAACAACCACCAUCAUCACUAUGGUCUAUGUGCUCAUCCAUGGAAAAAAGUAUGCAUUUUGUUUAAAGAAGAUGAUUGUUAUAAAAAAUGAAGAUCAAGUAUGUUUUAUUCAGCAGAUGAAGUUUUCCAGCCUGAAAACGAGAACAUGGGCGAUUCUGCCUCAGAUCUGCAUCUAAAUGGCACCAAUGAUGAUGAGGAUGGUGUUCAGAAUUGUACUUUCACAGAGUUGCUAUCCACAGGUAUUCAGCCGGAUGAGGAAUUUUAUGUUCACCACACACCCAAUGGCACUAGAAUGUGGUGUCCUAAUGUUCCUAUUGUACGUGGCACGCCAACUGAUUUUAAGGACUGGAGCCAGUCGGUUAGGCUUUAUAUUGGUGACCGUGAUGCGCAAUUUGUUAUAGAUCAUUUGAAAGAAAGAUCAGAGAGCUUACCAGACUUUUACUAUGACUUUGUGGUUGAGAAAGGGCAAUUGAGGUCAAUUUUUUGGGCAGACGAAAUUUCUAAGAUAAAUUAUGAGGUGUUUGGUGAUGUGUUAGCUUUUGAUGCGACUUAUCACACUAACAAGUAAGGUUUGGAUACAACUGAUCUGGAUACAUUGUGGUUCAAGAAUAAUUGUGCAACUGAUCUAGAUACAUUGUGGUUCAAGAAUAAUUGUGCAACGAAGAUGUAAUGGAUCUGGAUUUGUAUUAUAUUUUUUGCAUUA